AUGGCAAGUAAUGGGAAGAGAAACAAAAGAAUGGCCUGCGGACGCUGCACUUCCAAAUGCUUGUCUACUUAUUCAUCAAACUCAAAUGAAGUGUUUUCAUUUUUCAGAGUCAUGGAAGGAGACUUCACAUCUGCACUGGAAAUCCCUGACAAAUUUGCAAUGAGAAUCAAGUGUAGGAGGUGUAGAGAUGCAACUCUCCAUGGCCCAAGUGGUUAUCUGUGGCGUGUAAACUUGUGUUAUACUAAUGCUUCUGCAUCUUUCACGGAUGGCUGGCAUAGUUUUGUUUCUGACAAUGGUGUAGCAGCCAAAGACAUACUUGUUUUCAGUUAUGUGAAUGACACAUACUUUGUUGUGCAAGUUUUUGGACCAAAUGACUGUGAGAAACAGAGUGCCUCUGCUCUUCAGAGUUACACAUCAUGCUGUCUUAAACAAGAAAUCACUCCAAAAGUUUGCAAUCAGAAGAGGUGUGAGCACAGGACAAUUCCCACAAAACUCAGUUCAAAUGAUGAAAUUUCUGUUACAACUUUGACAAAGCAUAAAGAAGAUUUUAGUAUGACAGCAAAAUGUUCUUCAAAAGAAUUGGUAUGCAUGCCUCACAAACCACAAAAUAACAUUUCUGGGAAUCAAGCUUCUUUAAUAAGUUAUAAUGCAGCUAUUGAAGUCACACCUUGUUUAGAUACUGAUAGCAUUUCAGAGAUCUCUGGAGUUCUGAACCCUGUGGUAUCAAUGGAGCCACAGUUUGAAGUGGUUUUAAAAAAGGGUGCAGUUUUUGGUAAAACUUGUAGACUCGGGAUUCCUGCAAAAUUUGCCAAGCUCUGGCUACAGGCAAAUACCAAGAUAAUACUUGUACAUCACAAGAACCCUGGCAUGUGGCCGGUUAUGGUUAGAAAAAAUAGAUAUUCUUUGAUAUUACGAGGGGGUUGGAAAAGUUUUGUUGUUAGCAAUGAGCUGAAUAAACGUGAUAUAUGUGUCUUUAAGCUGGGAUUUUUUUGCAACUGCUUCAAAACGACCUGGACGGCUUGGCAAUGGUCGUCGACAAUGGGAAAAGCGUUUCAAGCAUUGAAAGGUGAAACAGCAUUAUCCCCUGAUGUUUUUGGUAACAUAGAUUCUCGGUAG